AUGCGGGCAGCUGAUUAUGAGCUUAGCUACUAUGGUCUGAGUGCGGGAAUACUACUUCUUGCUCUCUCUUAUGCUUCGGUCCCUCUUUACAAAAUGAUAUGUCAACAAACAGGCUGGUCCGGCCAACCCGUCAAGGCCCACGAUUCCGCCGGAGACCCUGCUGUGCGUCUGAAACCCGUCGAAGACCAUCGUCGUUUGCGUGUCACCUUCAAUGGUUCCGUUUCCGACAUACUCCCUUGGAAAUUCACACCGCAGCAACGCGAAGUCCGGGUUCUUCCUGGCGAGACCGCAUUGGCAUUCUACACGGCCACAAAUAAGGGGGAUGCAGACAUCAUCGGCGUGGCUACAUAUUCUGUGACGCCUGCGCAAGUGGCACCGUAUUUCAGCAAGAUCCAGUGUUUCUGCUUCGAAGAGCAGAGGUUGAAUGCGGGCGAGACGGUCGACAUGCCUGUUUUCUUCUUCAUUGACCCUGAAUUUGCUAAGGAUCCACAAAUGAAGGGAAUCGAUACCAUCACCCUGAGUUAUACUUUCUUCAAAGCAAGAUAUGAUAAGAACGGAGUGCUGACCACUAUCCCUAUGGCCAUGGCAGGAGCAUGA